UAUAAACAUUCUUUUGAGAAAAGAAAUAUUCUCUCCAAAAAAUUUUCACACCACUCCUCACUUUUCCAACAUGUCAUACAAAGUCCUAUUGUUUCUCUACCUUAUUGCAAUCUUCCAAUGCUACUCAGAAAUCCUCCUCCCAAGUCAACUCCACCGUGACUUGCUUAUCUCGUCACCGGUAAAUUGCCCCGCCCCCAAUCCAAACCUCUAUUACCAACCCGUCAUCGGAAUUCUCAGUCAUCCCGGCGACAGUGCCUCCGGCCGCCUCAGCAAUGCUACUAGUGCUUCCUUCAUUAUUGCUUCCUACGUCAAAUUUGUGGAGGCCGCCGGAGCUCGAGUUAUUCCCCUCAUUUAUAAUGAGCCAACAGAUAAACUUCUAAAGAAGCUCGAUUUGGUAAACGGGGUUCUCUUCACUGGUGGAUCGGUUAACAGUGGUUUAUAUUUUGAAACUGUUGGAAGAAUAUUUAAGAAAGCUCUAGAGAAAAAUGAUGCUGGAGACAAUUUCCCAUUAUAUGCCAUCUGCUUAGGUUUUGAACUUAUAACAAUGAUCAUAAGCGGGGACAAAAAUAUACUUGAAGAAUUUAAAGCACAAGAUCAAGCAAGUACUCUUCAAUUUGUGGAGAAUGCAAAUCUAGAAGGAACUGUAUUUCAAAGGUUCCCUCCUGACUUGUUAAAGAAGUUGAGCACAGAUUGUUUAGCCAGGCAAAAUCACGCUUAUGGUGUAUCCCCAACAAAGUUUCUUGCUAAUCAAAACUUAUCUAGUUUUUUUGAGAUCUUGACAACUAGCAACGACGAAGAAGACAAGGUUUAUGUUUCCACGAUUCGUUCACGAAAAUAUCCGGUGACCGGCUUCCAAUGGCAUCCAGAGAAAAAUCCAUUUGGAUGGAGCUCACCAACAAUUCCACAUACUGAGGAUGCUAUUCAGACAACUCAAUAUGUUGCAAAUUUUUUGGUCAGUGAAGCAAGGAAAUCCUUAACCAGACCAGAUGCUCAAGAAUUAAUCGACAAUCUCAUAUACAAUUACAGUCCCACUUUUUAUGGGAAGGCAGGGGAAGCAUAUGAUGAACUCUAUUUAUUUGUAUAAAUCAAGAGAUAACAAUAUAGUGUUGUAGUUAUAUGAUAAUAUUGUACCAAAUUAUAUGCUUAUUAGCACUUUGUAUCAUAUUAUUGCCUAGUCUUUGGCCAAUCUUGUACAUCUUCAAAAUAAAUGCAGGGCGAAGAUGGCUUGUAGGGAAAUAAAUAGCUUAUUAACAACAUGUGUAUUGUUUAGGACUGUUUCAUGUUGAAGACUAUUUGUAGCAUGUGAAAUUUUAAAGACUACUUGUGUACAUGAGAGAAAAAAAAGGACUUCUAAUACUUAAUGAUUA